AUGGCAUCUCAAGUGUUGCUCUCCCUGCUUCUGCUGCUGUCCCAUCUUCCCUGUGAGACUCUGUUGAACAAAUGUCCAUUCAGUGUGAUAACUGAGAGGACAUACAAGGGCAAUUUCUACAAGCCAGGAGACUACCUGAUCGGUGGGAUCAUAUCUACAUCUAAUGCUGCCUUUCAACCACAUGAAUUCUUAAUGCCUCCAAGCCAUGAAUUCAAAAGUUUCAUGAAUCUGCGCUCCAGCCACAUCUUGCCUUUCUUGUUUGCCAUUCAUGAGAUCAACCAGAGUCCGAGGCUGCUCCACAAUAUCUCCCUGGGCUACAGCAUCUAUGAGAACUAUUUCAACGCCCGAAUGAUGUACGAGGCCAUGAUGGACUUUCUGUCUAUGGGGCAGGAGAACACCCCAAACUACAGUUGUGGAAGAAGAACAAAUGUCUUGGCGUUUCUUGAAGGGACCGAUUCUGAGCUCUUUCAUCAUAUUUCAGCCAUGCUGAGCAUCUACAAAAUCCCACAGAUCAGCUACGGUGUUAUCAGCCACAUUCCUGAGCGUAAACAGCAUUUUCCUUUUUUCUACCGGCUGAGUCCAAAACAAGAACCUCCUCACUUGGCGAUAGUCAAGCUGCUGCUGCAUUUCCGAUGGACAUGGAUCGGCCUCUUUGCUCCGGACAAUGAAAACGGGGAAAAGUUCAGGAGAACCUUUGUGCCACUAGCCACCAAGAAAGGAUGCUGCCUCUUCUGCCCGACUGAGGAGGAGGAGGAGGCGGGUUGGAGACCAUCGGACACCCCAGGUGCUACAGCCGUGGCAGUCUUUCCCAACAAGUCUUCUGCUGGAGUAAAAGUCGGGCGAGUAGAAAGAGGGGCCUCUUCAGAAGUCAGCCUCUCUAUCAACCAAAGUGCCAUCAUGUGGCCAACAUCAUUCAGUCAGAAGGCGCCUCUGUCCAGGUGCUCGGACAGCUGUCCUCCAGGAUACACCAAGCUCAAAAGGGAAGGCGCCCCAGACUGCUGCUACGACUGUGCUCCGUGCAUGGAAGGAACGAUCGCCAGGCAAGAAGAUACAGACAGUUGCAGCCAAUGUCCAGAUGACCAGCAUUCAAAUAAGAAGCGAGAUCAAUGUGUCCCAAAAGUUGUAAGCUUCCUAUCCUAUGAAGAAAUGAUGGGUCUCAUCUUGGCUCUCAUUGCCCUUGCUUCUUCCCUAACCACCAGCUUGGUUCUGGGCAUCUUCAUUAAAUUCCGAGAAACCCCCAUCGUCAAAGCCAACAACCGGGACCUCACCUACAUUCUCCUGGUCUCCCUCCUCCUUUCCUUCUUGACCUGCCUUCUAUUCAUUGGUCGCCCCCGGAAACUGACCUGCCUUCUUCGACAGACCACCUUCAGUGUUGUGUUCUCAGUUGCUGUGUCUUCCUUGCUGGCCAAGACCAUGAUGGUGGUGGUGGCCUUUCUGGCCACAAAACCAGGCAGCAGGAUGAGGAAAUGGCUAGGGAAGAGUCUGGCCUACUCCAUUGUCUUGUCCUGGUCUGGGGCCCAGGUGGGCAUCUGCAUGAUAUGGCUGGGAAUCUCUCCCCCAUUCCCAGACACUGACAUGCAUUCCCAAGCAGGACACAUCGUGCUGCAGUGCAAUGAAGGCUCAGUUACCAUGUUCUAUUCUGCACUGGGCUAUAUGGGCUUUCUGGCUGCCAUCUGCUUCUUGGUGGCUUUCCUUGCCAGAAAGCUGCCUGGAUGCUUCAAUGAAGCCAAGUGGAUCACCUUCAGCAUGCUUGUUUUCUGCAGUGUUUGGCUCUCCUUUGUCCCCACCUACCUGAGCACUAAGGGGAAAUACAUGGUGGCUGUGCAGAUCUUCUCCAUCCUGGCCUCCAGCCUGGGCUUACUGGGCUGCAUCUUUGUCCCCAAAUGCUACAUCAUUAUUCUGAGACCAAACAUGAACACAAAGGAACAUUUAAUGAUGUAA